AUGGGUAUUACUUUCUCGCGGUUGUUCGACCGACUAUGGGGCCGCAAGGAGAUGCGCAUCCUGAUGGUCGGUCUUGACGCCGCUGGUAAGACCACCAUCCUGUACAAGCUCAAGCUCGGUGAAAUCGUCACCACCAUUCCCACGAUUGGAUUCAACGUCGAGACGGUCGAAUACAAGAACAUUCAGUUCACCGUGUGGGAUGUCGGUGGUCAAGAUAAGAUUCGUCCUCUGUGGCGCCACUACUUCCAGAACACCCAGGGUAUUAUCUUCGUGGUUGACAGCAACGAUCGCGAUCGUGUUGUUGAGGCCCGUGAGGAGUUGCAGCGCAUGUUGAACGAGGACGAGCUCCGUGAUGCUCUCCUCCUGGUGUUCGCCAACAAGCAGGAUUUGCCGAACGCUAUGAGCCCUGCCGAGAUCACGCAGCAGCUUGGUCUUCAGAGCCUUACUCGCCGUGCUUGGUUCAUCCAAUCCACCUGCGCCACCACUGGUGACGGUCUGUACGAGGGUCUGGAGUGGCUCGCUGAUGCGCUCCGGAAAACCAACCGCGAUUAA